AUGUCUAAAGAAUUCACAUUUUCGGAGGUGUCAGAGCACUCGACCAAGAAGGACCUGUGGGUAGUCAUCCAUGACAAGGUCUACAAUGUCUCUUCUUUCGUCGACGAGCACCCUGGCGGUGAAGAAGUCCUUCUCGACGUCGGCGGCCAAGAUGCAACCGAAGCCUUCGAAGAUGUCGGUCACUCAGACGAAGCACGAGAAAUCCUCAACGGUCUCCUAGUCGGCAACGUCAAGCGAGCGCCUGGCGAUCCGGCACCCAAGGCUGGUGCCACUGACAAGAUUGCUGCUGGUCCUGGAGGACGGUCUGACAGUGGCCCCGGGUUGGGCGUCGCCAUGUACGCCAUUGUCUUGAUUGGAGCUGCGCUUGCAUACUUUGGAUACACCUACAUGCAAAACCAAGAGAACAAAUAG